CGACCAAGCAAUAAAAGGAAGAAGCUUCACAUUCAGGAAGUAUUCUUCAUCUUUUUCCACACAAACGGUAACCAUGGCUAGCAAGGUGCUUUAUGACAGUUAAUGAUGAUGGAGUAUUCUGUGAAGGGUCGUGGUGGGGGAAGUUCUGCACUGGUGAUAGUGGAGCUAUCCCCAAACACCCAGGAAGAAACUGUUGCUUGGUUACUGAGCAGGAUAAGAGAAAAGCAGCAGGAUGGAGGUGCUGAGCUACUGGUAGAACAACUGAAGCGUGGCGUUGGUGUGGAAGGGAGGGAAAACCCCAACAUGUUUCUUGUGGCGGCCUCCUGGCAGAGGCUCCUCACCGGUGCGGAAGAUGUGGGUCUCUUCAAGGAGUUCCAGGAUGGAUCCAUGAGAGGUUUCACAUGUGCCAACAGCCACAACUUCAAAGACUUCCAUGGGGAUGGAGAUGGCUUCCUGAGUACGGCCGAGUGUCAAUACAUCAUUAAACAUGAGUUGGAGAAUUUACGAGCUAAGAAUGAGAGCCAUGUUCCGGGAUACCCUCAAGUCAAGCUGUACCCGGGGAAAUCUAUCAUUCGUAGACUGCAAUCCAAAAAAGUCCUGAUCCAAAUGUUUCCCCUACAUGACAAAGAGGAACUCAAGAGACUUUCUUUUAACUGGUACAAAAAAGUCAAAACAUCCCUACAGCCUCUUGAUGACAUCAGGCACUACUUUGGGGAGGCUCAAGCUCUGUACUUUGGCUUCCUGGAGUAUUUUACAUUGGCCCUGGUACCCAUGGCCCUCAUUGGGGUGCUCUAUUAUCUCUUUGACUGGGAUGAUUACGGCAAAUAUGUUUUCUUUGCUGUUUUCAACCUUAUCUGGUGCACUGUAAUCCUGGAGCUAUGGAAGCGGUGCAGUGCCUCGCUAGCCUAUCACUGGGGCACACUGAGCAGAAAGAAGGUGUUUGAAGAACCCCGGCCUGGUUUUCACGGUGUUCUCGGGUUCAACCCCGUAACGGGACGUGAAGAACCCCUCUACCCCAACUCCAAGCGCCAGCUCCGUGUCUACCUUGUGUCUCUACCCUUUGUCCUUCUGUCCCUUUACCUGGCCCUCUAUGUCAUGAUGAUCUACUUUCAGAUGGAAGGAUGGGCUCUAAUGAUCCAUGAUAGGGAACAAAGCUUCUGGACGGGGAUUCUGGUGUAUAUUCCCAGUAUAGUCUAUGCUGUGGUUAUAACUUUUAUGAAUGCCCUCUACAGAUAUGCUGCUGAGUUUCUCACAGAGUGGGAAAAUCACAGGCUUGAGUCUUCAUAUCAGAAUCACUUGGUCCUCAAAGUAUUAGUUUUCAACUUCUUAAACUGUUUUGCUUCCCUGUUUUACAUCGCCUUCGUAAUGCAAGACAUGGUGCUGCUCAGACAGAGUUUGGCAACGUUGUUGAUCACCAGUCAGAUCUUGAAUCAGCUGAUGGAGGCUUUCCUGCCCUACUGGCUUCAGCGGAGACGCAAUAAAAAGAUGAUGUCCAAUGUUAGGAAGAGUCGAAGUGUGGAAGGCAAGGAGCUUCUUUUAAAUGAGCAGGUGGAACUGGAAGCUGACAUGAGCACUUACUUGGGUACCUUUGAUGACUACCUGGAGUUGUUCCAUCUGUUUGGUUAUGUCAGCUUGUUCUCGUGCGUUUACCCUCUGGCUGCCGUUUUCGUAGUUUUGAAUAACAUAACAGAGAUUUACUCUGAUGCCUUCAAAAUGUGCCACGUGUUCAAACGACCCUUCUCGGACCCGGCUGCCAACAUAGGAAUCUGGCAGCUGGCCUUUGAAGCCAUGAGUGUGAUGGCUAUCGUGACCAACUGUGCUCUGAUCGGCAUGUCUCGUCAAGUCAGAGCUUACUUCCCUGACUCAGACAUGCAGCUCAUUCUGUGGACAGUGGCUCUGGAGCAUGGCUUGCUCGCCUUCAAGUUCAUCCUGGCCUUCCUGAUUCCAGACGUUCCCAAACACAUUCAAGUGAAACUGGCUCGUCUGGAGUUUGAAUCGGUGGAGGCCCUCAAGAAGAAGAAAAUGUUUCAAGUGCCUGAGCGUAGUUAGAGUUCCCAGGGAGGGUGAAGACGCCUACACCUGCGUGAGAAAAAUCUGCCAAAGAAAACAAAGCGUUAAUAUGUUUUUUCAUCUACUGCAUAUAUCCAUGACUCCAUGUUGCAAUGUAAAGGACAUGACUGUAAUAAAGGCUGCACAGAAA